ACAAUAUGAUCACGAUGCUACUGUAAGAAUAUUCGUGUUCCUUAUUUGUGAAGGUAUCAAUGAAAGAUUGUAUCUACGCUGUUGGAAAUCUCGACGAGAAUUUUGAAAGCCAUACGGUGUUUGUAGCUGUCAGGAGAGCGAUCAGCGAUGCGAUGCAUUAUACGAGCAAAGAGAUUGCGGAUCUCUCGGAAAGUGUGUUUGGCGGUAAUUCCUGCCGCUUGGCUGGUGAUUUUUAUCGCUCUCUCAGUGUACAAUGACCACGAGGUUGCAGACGAAGUCAUCGCGACAGAGUUAACUAAAGUUGGCCGGAAAUCUACCACUCCUCAUGAAACCAAAGAAAUAUAUUCCGACGAUUUUAUGCUUUCGUCGAAACAGUUUGGCAACAAGACUUUCCAAGUACAGAGGAAAAUAUUGGUAGUUCAUAAAUCUUGGACUAAGGAACGAUCGAAACUCUCCCACUUUGUUACAAGAUUUUUAGACGGCCUUCGGGCCCCUUACAUUGUAAGCGAAGUAGACGACCGACCUUAUUUAGAUUUGAAAGAAGAUCUUAAAUUGGGUACCACAAUCGGGCGGUAUUCGCUUGUUAUUUUUGUUGACAUCAAGGUGUAUUUACUUCUUAGUCCUAACGUGCAACAAAUGGUGAAACUCUAUUGCAAGAAGUUUGCGACGGGAAUUUUAUUUUUUAUCUCGAAUCCUGUAGGAUCUAUACAAGAAUUUGGUAUUGAAAUCGUCAAACCUCAAAAAGAACGACAAAAGGUCGACGUGGAACUUAAUGAAAACUCGAAACUUUUACGAACGGCGCGCCGAGGAGGCACAGCUAGUAUGCCGUAUGUUCAGAAGGGACAAAGCACACGGUGGUGUUUAAUUCGAUAUAAUCCAAACGAUUUUCCUUAUGAAACAGUGGAGUAUGUUGUUAAUCGUAAAACUCGGCGGAAAAGAGACCUAGAAAUUGCGGAGAUUGAACAAGCAACAGUACUUUUGGAUGAUGGUCGAAAAGACGGUGUAAAAAAGGUAUUCUUCAGUGGAGGAUUUCCCUUUUUUCUUCACACUAUGUUAUUUAUGGACAGUUUGGAAUACUUAUCUCCCGUCAGACCUACGGUGUUUUCGCAAGAGAGGUAUCUUCAAAUUGACAUAGACGAUAUUUUCAUCGCCAAAACUGGGAUUAGAAUGAAGAAAAAAGACGUCCUGGAGCUGAUAUCAGUACAAGAGAGACUCGCGCAAAAAAUUCCAGGAUUCAAGUUCAAUCUUGGUUUCUCAGGGCGUGGCUUUAGACAAGGAGACGACGAAGAAGAUGGAGGGGAUCAAGCCCUGGUAGAGCAUGCGCAUAAAUUUACGUGGUUUGGGCAUUUGUACGAUCAUGAACAGCCUCAUAAACACACCUACAAAGAAAUAGUCAGGUCACUUACCGCUAAUGAGCAGUUUGCUAAGACAUUUUGUAUUCCUAUGAACUUCUCGUACAUGGUUGCCCCACACCACUCUGGUGUGUAUCCAGUGCACGACCCUCUUUAUGAUGCAUGGUCAGCGGUUCGAAAAGUCCGUGUCACCUCAACUGAGGAAUAUCCUCACUUGAAGCCUGCGUGGUUUAGAAGAGGAUUUAUGUACAAAGGCGUCAAGGUUCUUCCACGCCAGACUUGCGGUUUGUUUACCACUACUAACUUCUUCUACGAGAUCAAAGGAGGAAAGAAAGCAUUGGAUAGAAGUAUUGAUGGUGGUGAACUGUUCGAAACUCUUUUGAGAAAUCCAGUUACGGUGGUGAUGACUCACAUGACAAACUAUGGCAAUGACCAGUUGGCUCUGUACACAAUCAGCCGGCUCGUUAACUUUGUUUACCGCUGGACUAACUUGGAGUUGAAAUACGCUUCGUCGCUUGAACUCGCUGAUAUCUACUUCAGUUUGUUUCCGCAGGACAGAAGUCCAGUUUGGUUGAGCCCAUGUGACGACAACCGCCAUCUUCAAAUCUGGCCAAAGGACAAGUCCUGCAACAGGCUCCCUUCGUUCUUAGUAAUCGGCGCUCCGUUCGGGGGCCUGGACGCACUUGUGACACUUCUUAAACUUCACCCAGACUUUUUGCAUGCAGUGAACACGAAUAACAUCACGAAAGGAACGAGAUUUUUCAACACUGAUAACUACAUGAAAGGAUUAGACUGGUACAUGACAUGUUUCCAACGUCCGAUGAAAUUCAAGCAGAUGUCUUACGAAGUUAGUGACGAGUAUUUCACUGACCAUGCGACACCGUACCGAGCCAGCAGUCUCCUCAAGUCCGCCAAAAUAUUUAUAAUCCUGGAAGAUCCUGUGAAAAGAGCUCUCUACCAUUAUCAGCAUCUGAAAGACGUUCAAGGAUCCAAUCUACCGAGCUUCGACGAUCUCGUCAAAUCCAAAGGAGACAAACGCUUGUCGGGGAUCAAGCGAACUAUUUUGGAAGCUGGGCACUACUCUGAGCACAUCGCACGGUGGAUGAGAUAUUAUAACCUCAAACAGAUGUCAAUAGUGAGCGCAGAUGAUAUAGUUUCCAGGCCCUUUACGGUCAUGAAUACACUUCAAGAAACUAUUCGGGUAGAAACCCGUCAGGACUACUCGCAAACUCUAAGAUAUGAUGAAUCGAAUGGUCUUUACUGUCCCAAAUCCUCCUCCAACGUGACGGAUUGCCUGGGCUUCAAAGAAACGAGACCAGUUUAUAUGAGCCAGCAGACUGAACAGUUCUUGCAGCGGUAUUACUCCAAACAUAACCAGAAUUUACUGCGCAUGAACCAAAAGAUUGAGUUUCCUCUGCCCAAAUGGAUUCAUGGGUAAUCACAUAUUUGGAGUUAGACAGUGGGUCACCUGUGUUAGCGUGACUCAUUCUCUAUGCUAACAAGAUAAUUGCGCUUAAUAUUCUCAUGCUACACUCUGGAUAAGAAGUCUCUCUUCAUCGAUUGCUCUUUGUCACGUUUUUACGAACAAUGAUGGUUUUUUGCGUGACUGGUAAUGCAGUGGUUAUCGUCUUGAAGACUUACUGAGCAAAUGAAAUGAUUUUUAUUUUUUAUGUCACGCGUUUGUAUACCCGUUAAACAGGCUUAUUAAGCUAAGCUUAAACUCAACUACGACCAACGAAUCUAUAACCAAUUUUUUAAAAAUAUUUAUCCCCGUUGGUCUCUGUUGUCAUAAUGAAACACAUCUUUACAUUCGAUUCCAAAGUUGGCUAAGAAAUAAGAGGCCUAUUUUCAAGGAAAAGGGUCCAGAUUCUAUGCCAACAACUCUGGUAAACUGAUGGACGAUAUGAAUUUUUUUGAAAACUAUUUUUACAUAAUUAAAUUUUAAACUGUCGAUCAAUCAGUGUACCAAUCAAUCAAUCAAUGAACUUAGCAUAUUUUUGAAAAUUGAUAAGGAAAGAAACAACUAUAAGUUGGAUAUAAGAAAAUCUACAUACAUAAAUGUAUAUAUAAAGAUAUAUAGUUAUUUUAAGAUUUAUACAAUUCAAGAGGAAUAUAUUGAUUUUAUAUAGAGAGUUUAUCAUCAUGCAUGAAAGACAUUUAAGAAAAAGAGAGAAGGAAAGAAUUAUAUUGUUUUGAAGAU